AUGAACUUUGCAUACACCAACCAAGCUAGAAGAUCGUCCAAAACGAAAAUCCCGAGUAGCGGGAAAUACGUUUCCUACAGAACCAAGGGCAACCCUCGACCUAUCGUUGGUCUGCUGGACCCUUCAUCUACGACCGUCACUCCGCUAAGAUUCCCCGAUAACUCCCCUGUUAGAUCAAUUCAUCAUCUCAUCGAAGAGUGGGACAAGGUCCAUGAGACGCUCAUACCAGGUACACCAGUGGAGAACGUUGUCGAUGUGGUCAUUCUUGCCCCACUCAGAGGAAGAGAUGUGAUCUGUGUAGGCAAGAACUACAAGGAACACGCUGAGGAAUUCCACAGCAGCGGCUAUGACAAGAGUGACACCAAAGCACAACCUGAUUUUCCAGUGAUCUUCACCAAACGAGCUUCAUCCAUCAUCGGUAACGGUUCUCACAUCUAUCCCCAUCCCAACAUCACUAAUUCAGUCGAUUACGAAGGAGAACUUGCGAUCAUUAUCGGUAGAGGUGGUAUUGGGAUCAAAAAGGAAGAUGCCUGGGCUCAUGUUUGGGGUGCAACCAUCGUGAAUGAUGUCACCGCCAGAGACAGACAAAGGGAUCACAAACAGUUCUAUAUCGGCAAAUCUCUGGACACAUUCUGUCCGAUGGGACCAUGGGCUGUACAUGCUUCCAAUCUCGACUUCAAGAACAUGCACCUGACCACUAAGCUCAACUGCAACGUGGUACAAUCCCAGAACACCUCGGAAUUGAUCUUUGACAUUCCUACCUUGAUCGAAACCAUAUCGAUGGGAACGACGCUUCAACCUGGGGAUGUCAUUGCUACGGGCACGCCAGCAGGUGUAUGCCUUUCAACGGGCGUGUUCUUGAAGGACGGUGAUGUGGUUGAGAUUGAGAUUACAGGUAUCGGAAAAUUGAGAAACAAGGUAGUAGAUAGAGGACGAGCACCUGAUUGUGCUCCGGUAAGACAGAGCUAG